AUGCCAAAGAAUAAAGGAAAGGGAGGUAAAAACAGAAGGAGAGGAAAGAAUGACAACGAAGGAGAAAAAAGAGAAUUAUUAUACAAGGAAGAAGAUCAAGAAUAUGCUCAAGUUUUAAGAAUGUUGGGUAAUGGUAGAUUAGAGGCUCAUUGUUUUGAUGGUGUCAAAAGAUUGUGUCAUAUUAGGGGUAAAAUGAGAAAAAGGGUAUGGAUUAAUUCGGGUGAUAUUAUUUUAGUGUCCUUAAGAGAUUACCAAGACAGCAAAGCUGAUGUUAUAGCAAAAUAUACUCCUGAUGAAGCCAGAAGUUUGAAGGCUCAUGGAGAAUUACCAGAAACAGCGAAAAUAAAUGAAACAGAUAUUUUUGAUGACGAUGGACAAAAUGGAGUGGAAUUUUUAGAUGAUGAAUCUGAUGAAGAAGCUCAAGAAGAGAUGAACAACGCAAGAAGACUUGAUAUAGAAGAUAUAUAA